AUGGACGGCGAUCAUGGCGGCUUUGAGCAGACGAGGCCUCGUGGGCGGCCAAGUAGACGUGAGUAUCUCAGGUUGGCCUUGUUGUUAGCCUGUCAAUAGUCUGUGGAAUGCAAACGGAAAGCCCGAUUCUUCAAUCAAGCUGCACACAUUCCCAGCUGUCAUCUCGCUCCCUCGUCAAAUCGCUCAAAUGAAUGUGCGGCGUGGUCAUGAAGAGACAUGAUGCUAACUCUGGCUUCUUCGCAGGCAAUGCCACGGACAUCGGAACCACAUAUGUACACUGGAUGCAUGAUAGGCGGCCCACGAACCUUCGUGGAUUCGACGUCGAGAGACCAGCCUUGAGCUAUACAGCCGCAAUGCUUCCGCCCGCAGCUCGGAAGGGCAAGGCGGUCGAUACAAUCCCAGCAAGACAACUCCAUUCGUCAUUCAACAAAGUCCGACAUCCGGUCAAUGUCGUCAAAUGGACUCCCGACGGUCGCCGUCUCCUCACCGGAAGCACUAGUGGUGAGUUCACAUUAUGGAACGGGACAGGCUUCAAUUUCGAAACCAUCAUGCAAGCUCAUGAUUCUGCUGUUCGCGCGGUGGAGUAUGCGCAUAGUGACGAAUGGCUCAUCUCUUCGGAUCAAGAGGGGAACGUCAAGUACUGGCAACCCAACUUCAACAAUGUUCAGGAAAUUACAGCCCAUCCAGGAGAAGCGGUCAGAGACCUCUCCUUCGCUCCCAACGAUUCCAAAUUUGUCACUGCUUCCGACGACCAAAUGUUAAAGAUCUUCGACUUUGCCAGUGGUAAAGAGGAAUCAGUGCUGCACGCACAGGGAGGGCACGGAUGGGAUGUCAAAUCUGUUGACUGGCACCCUUCUAAAGGUCUCAUAGUGUCUGGAUCCAAAGACCACCUGAUCAAGCUCUGGGAUCCGCGGUCCGGCCGCUGCAUCACGACAUUACACGGCUACAAGAGCACUGUCAACAUGACAAGGUUUGAGCCUACUAGAGGAGUCUUGCUGGCCUCCUGCAGCCGCGAUCAGAACAUGCGGGUCUUCGACAUCCAGAUGAUGCGAGACGUCUUCCUCCUCAGAGGCCACGAGAAAGAAGUCAACUCUAUCGUCUGGCAUCGCUUCCACUCCAACCUCCUGACGACCGGGAGCGCUAACGGCGAAAUGUUUCACUACCUGCUCGACGAACAGAACGCUCCCUCAGCAAACGCCGUCACUGUCUCACCUUACGACUCCCCCAACCCAGCCGACUCUCCAGCCCAAACCAUCUAUCCAGCCCACAAAAUCCAAUACGCUCACGAAUACAACAUCUGGAGCAUGGACUGGCAUCCCAUGGGCCACAUCCUCGCCUCGGGCUCCAACGACAGGGCUACUCGCUUCUGGACCCGCCCUCGACCCGGCGACCACAGCUACGUCAACGACAAAUGGCACAUAGGCCAAGAAGCCGCAGAGCAAAAGGGCACCUGGAAGAAAUCCGAACAAGCCCGUCGGGAAGAAGAAGAAGACGAAGCGGAAGACGAAGCCGAUGGCCUGGAAGAACAGAAAAUGCCCGCUGCCAGACCGGGUUCCUUCCUACCGGGCCUACCGGGUCUUGCAGCUGCUCCCGCCGUGCAACCUCCUCCAGCACUUCCGAUCCCGGACCUCAGCUUCAUGCAACUGCCGAACAACCCGCAGAAUUUCCCUACCCAGCUGCCGUUCCCACCACCACCACACUUUGACCUUUCCUCCCUGCCUCAGCCGCCUCCGGGUAUGCCUCCACUCCCACCCGGCUUCGUCCCGCCACCGGGAUUCCCGAUGUUGCCAGGAAUGACCACCACCACGCCGCCAAGUAGUUCGGGAGGAGCAGGAGCAGGAGCGAACAGCGUGCGGAAGCGAGGCCCAUUGCCAAGUCAGCAAGACAGUCUGAAAGCGGAGAUGCAGCAGGGAAGGUAUUUGAAGCCGAGGUGA